AUGAGCAAAUACGAAUGGAUUCCUUCUCUUUGGCUCGAAACCUUCGGGGAAAUGCUUAAUGAAGACAACGAGCUGGACUAUGGAGACGACUGGAAUCUCACCUUCAACUACAGCCAGACGGACCAAAUAACCAAAGAAGAAAGGAAGAGAGGCUGGAAAGUGUACUCACACUGUGCCCACGCAAAUUUUCAGUGUGGAUCCUGUGGAAAGACCUGGUCUUCGGCCCGGGUGGUGCUGCUGUUCCGCUACCGGCUGAGGGGGGGGCGGGGCACGGUGAUCAUGAGGCCGUUCGGCCAGGCCUGCCGUCGUUGCCAGGACGACCAGUUUGACCUGCCCGGCUUCGUGGAGAAAGAGGUGGAGAACGCUCUGCAGAGGCUGUUUUCCAAAAUCCGAAAGAACUGCUACGCGGAGGAGGACGACAGCGACGGCGGCAGUUCGGCGUCGUCCAUAAAAGUGAAGACCAAACCUCACGAGGCCUCGCUCUGCGAGGGCUGCAGGAUGGGCAUUUGCUGCCAGGAAGACUAG